AGAAAGGGGGAAAUAUGCGAAAAAUUCCAGAAUUUUGACUCACAUGUAUGUGUAUUCAUGAAAAGGGUACAAAGCUGCUUCUUCUUAUUUUCACAGUUCUUUCGUCAUUGCAACCGGUUAUUAAUGAAAACUGUUUAUACAAAAAAAUAAUCUAAACAUCAAAACACUAAAUGCGGUCAUAAAUACUUCUGUGAAUAAUUAUGAGGCGCGUCCUGGUUGUAUCAGCUGAUUAAAACAGUCGAAUACGCAUGCGUAAAAGCACUAUGAUGGAAGCGGAACUUCGUAGUUACGAAAAGUGUCUCGUACUGCUUGCCGGCGAAAAUGUGAUAGAAUUCCAUACAAUUUCAUAAGUAGACGAUCGUUCGAGCGAAUAUUACGGUCGAAGAAAUAAUUUACAAUGAACUUGUCCGCGGGGAAUCCUCACGGGAACGGUUUGCUCUAUGCUGGCUUCAAUCAGGAUCAAGGGUGUUUUGCUUGUGGUAUGGAAAAUGGCUUCAGAGUGUAUAGUUGUGAUCCUUUAAAGGAAAAAGCCCGUGACUUCAGCGAUGGAGGCUUUGGUUAUGUGGAAAUGCUAUUUAGAUGUAAUUAUGUAGCAUUAGUCGGCAGUGGAGCAAAGCCGAUGUAUCCUACAAACAAAGUUAUGAUAUGGGAUGACCUUAAGAAGACUCCAGCGAUCACUUUAGAAUUUAAUGCUCCUGUGAAGGGUGUUAAACUGAGACGAGAUAGAAUAGUAGUAAUUUUAGAAGGUGUUAUAAAAGUUUAUACUUUCACACAAAAUCCUCAACAGCUUCAUGUUUUUGAGACUAAUCCAAAUCCUAGGGGUCUAUGUGUAUUAUGUCCACAUAGCAGUAAUUCUUUACUUGCUUUUCCUGGUAGAAAAAAUGGUCACGUACGAGUGGUAGAUUUGGCUAACACAGAAAAACAACCUUUAAAUAUAGAAGCACACGAAACACCUUUGUCUUGUAUAGCUUUAAAUCUUCAAGGCACAAGAUUGGCUACUGCUUCAGAGAAGGGUACUUUAAUAAGAAUUUUUGAAACGCAAAGUGGAAAUAUGAUCAAUGAGUUGAGAAGAGGGGCUAAUCAUGCAAAUAUUUAUUGCAUAAAUUUUAAUCACGAUUCUACUUGGCUAUGUGUAGCGAGCGACCACGGAACUGUACACGUUUUUGCUGUAGAAGAUCAAAAAUUAAAUCGUCAAUCUAGUUUAGCGUCCGCUACUUUCCUGCCAAAAUAUUUUAGUUCAAGCUGGAGCUUUUGCAAAUUCCAAGUUCCAGGUGGUCCGCAGUGCAUGUGUGCGUUUGGAACUGGCAGCAAUAGUAUUAUUGUGGUAUGUGCAGACGGUAGUUACUACAAGUUUGUGUUCAAUAACAAAGGUGAAUGCACGAGAGAUAUUUAUGCACAGUUCCUUGAAUUAACUGAUGAUAAAAUGUGAUUAGAGGACACAGAAGAGGAAGACUCCUAAAUGAAAAGAAUUUUACAUACUUUGGUCACUCGAUACAAAUAACAGUAGUUCAUAUGAAAAUGGAGAGAACAGUGUUUGUUAUUUGGAAAUGUACUGUAGACGACAGAAAACCAAAUGAAACGUACUACUAUUUAUUGAUGAUCCGUGCAGUGUGUGUAAAUUAUAAAUGAAAAAUUUAAUGAAAAAAGAAAAGAGGAACUCUACGAAUAUCAGAAUAUGUUAUUGACUUGUUAUGUGGGCCUAUUGCAGGAAUGCCUAUGUAUAAAACUACAAGUUCUUAAAUGUUACAGUUGAAAGGGAAGAAGUCUGAUAUUUGAAGCUCUAUUCAACGUGUCAGUGUAACGAAUACCAUUGUUACAUUUAAUUAAGUUUAUAGCUAAAGUUGAUUCACGACAUCACAAAAAAUAUAAUCAUACGCAAGUAACACAUACAUACAUUUCAGUAAAUUUAUGAUCCGCGAUUCGAUUAUGUAUUUUCUUCAUAUUUAUUUUAUACACCUUUAAAUAUUUCUCUUAUUGUCAUCAGAAAUAUAUUACACGUCGCAACAUUUCACAUCUCUUAUUGUAAAUAAGUUUCGAACUAACAUACAAAUGUAAAGUUUGUUUGAUUACUGCGCGUAACAGUGAUUGACCAAAUGAAUUACAAGAGGUACAUAACAUAAUGGAGUUUCGUAAACUUUAUUUUUCAUGAUUUCCGUACAUUUAACAUACAGGAUACACAAAACAGAACUACAUUGAGUUGUUAAGAUUGAAAUAUUACCACAAAAUAUCAAGGUUAUAGUGUCACAAAGAAGAUGGGAUUGAAUAUAAAGUAAAAAUUAACGAGACAAAACUCUGUAUCUAUUUAUAAUAAAAUAUCGAUUACCAGUUGCAAGCUA